CUUUACCCAGUCUUCAAUACUGAUCUACAAACUAGAACUACUGUAUCAUGCCAGACUUAGAGAACCAAAACCUGAUUUCAAGAAGCCAAUCAACGGUGAUAUUGGCCAUCAUGGCGUUCAUUCUUCCUCCAUUGCCAAUCUUUUUAUUGACCGGACCAAACUACACGGUAUUCACAAAGGAGAUUUUGAUCUCGGUUAUCUUGACCUUGUUUGGGCACGUCCCAGGGAUAAUAUUCAGUUUGUAUGUCAUUUUCCUUCAAUACAACCGGAGCCGUGAUGGAUAUGAUUCGAUUGAUGGUGAUGCUUUGUUAGGAAGACAACCAGCAACCAACAAUCACGUUGAAAGUCAUGACAGUAGCCAUCAUCAUCAUCAUGAUGGAACUCCACAAUCAAUUGCUCCACAAGUCCAUCAACCUUACCACGAUGAUGUCGCUCACGAAGAACCUCCUCAUUAUACAGAAGUUGCAUCCGGGUCCACCAAGCAUAACACUAGAGAUACAAAGGGUGUCGACAACAAGGUUCAACAUUAGUUAGUCUUUUCUUCUUCUCCCCCACCCCCUCCCUUUCUAUUUUAUACCACACUAAAUAUGACAUACACACAAAGUAAAAAAAAAAAGGAGACCAGAUUAUUAUUUUAAAUUACAUA